AAAUCACUUGUGUACAAUGGUUACCUGGGCUGUGCUUCUUCUUACCGCCACCGUCGCCUCAGCGGCGGUGCCCAGGACCAACCGCAUCGUCGGCGGGGAGCCCACCACCGUGGAGACCUACCCCUCCAUCGUUCAGCUGGACUUCCUCGGCACAUGGACAGGCGCCUGGAGCCAGAGCUGCGCCGCCACCAUCAUCACGCCCAAGACGGCCGUCAGUGCCGCCCACUGCACUGAGAAUGUCAGCACCAGCAGCCGUCGCAUCCGUGCCGGAUCCUCCAACCGCAACAGCGGAGGUAUCAUCAUCAACCUGGAAUACUACCGCAACCACCCCGAGUACCGCCAUCAGACUCGCUACGACGCCGACAUCUGCAUCUUGGUCCUGGCCCAGAGCCUGAGCUUCACUCCUGCCAUCCAGCAGGCUCCCAUCAACGCUCAGGGGUCUGAGCUGCCCGAUGGCUCUGCUGUCAUCCACGCCGGAUGGGGCACCACUAGCUCUGGAGGCUCUUCCUCUUCAAUCCUGCGUGACGUCACCAUCUACACCAUCAACAACUCUGUCUGCGCCAACCGCUACCGCACCGGCGUGACCCAGAACAUGAUCUGUGCCGGAAUCCUGGACGUCGGAGGCAAGGACGCCUGCCAAGGAGACUCUGGCGGUCCUCUGUACUUCAACAAGAUCCUCGUGGGUGUUGUGUCCUGGGGACGUGGCUGCGCUGACGCCUACUACCCUGGAGUCAGCACUAAGGUGUCGUCUUACUCCGACUGGAUCAGAAACAACGCUGUCUAAUGGUGCCAGCUGUAAGCCAAACCGACGAAUGAGUUAAUGAUUAAAUGAGGUCUUUUGAGU